ACCAAGACUUUUUAGAUCUCACUAUGAGAAUAAAUUUCAUCAAGCAUAAAACUCCUCAAAAACUCAACUUCCUGCACCAUCCACCACCGAUUGAGGGAACCAAAACCAAACAUCCAGACGAAAUCUAAAUCUAAAAAUUGAAGAUUUUUCAAGAACAUGAAUGGUCUCAAGAACCAUUGCAACCACAUCAUUGCCUUUUCCCUUCUGUUCCUUACUUUACUAUGUGGAUUAAUCACCUUCAAGCCUUUCUCUCCAUUCCAGUAUUACACAAGAAACGUGACCAGUACUAGCCAAAAAGAUGCACUGGGACUGGCUUUGGCUGAGGCAUCGACAGAAAACAAAGCUGUGAUAAUCGCUAUGGUAAACAAGGCCUUUGUAGAGGGUGACGAUAAGUCAAUGCUAGACCUUUUCUUGGAUAGUUUCUGGCAUGGUGAAAAUACGAGAGGUUUGGUUGAUAAUCUCCUGCUUGUUAAUGUUGAUCAAGCGUCCUAUGAACGGUGCAAGUUUCUCCGGCUUCACUGUUACAAACUUGAAACAGAUGGUGUGAAAUUUGAUAAGGAGGAAGUGUACAUGUCCGAUGAAUUUAUCAAGAUGAUGUGGAGGAGAACCUUGUUUCUUGGACAAGUACUCAGACGUGGCUAUAACUUCAUUUUUACGGAUGCUGAUGUAUUGUGGUUAAGGAACCCAUUUCCAAGGCUGAGCUUCAACAAAAACAUUGAUCUACAAAUAAGUACAGAUAGGUUCAAUGGUGAUCAAUGGUCACAGACCAACCCAAUAAACACGGGCUUCUUCAUGAUCAGGUCAAACAAGAACACUAUUCAAUUAUUUGACUUGUGGUAUGAAAGGAAAGACAAGUCUACUGGACAGAAAGAGCAAGAUGUUUUAAAUGGAAUGCUUCAUGGAGGUGUAUUUAAGAAGCUAGGCCUUAGAGUAAGGUUCCUGGACACCCUCUACUUCAGUGGAUUCUGUCAGGAUAGCAAGGACAUUAGAGCUGUUACAACUGUUCAUGCCAAUUGUUGUCGAACGAUUAGUGCCAAGAUUACUGACUUAUCUGCUGUUAUAGAUGAUUGGAAGAGAUUCAAGCGGUCUGCGGUCAAUAAGACAUCAACAUUUGGAAAUUUGAAGCAUGAGGCGUGUGCACAUUCAUGGGGGAAAUGAUAUAUAUGGCUUUGGUUUGAAUGAUUUUGUUUAAGGUUAUAUAUAUAUAUAUAUAUAUAGAGAGAGAGAGAGAGAGAGACUACACUACUUGUUAAUUUAUUGGUUUUUAGAAUACUAAAUUGAAGAAAAAAAAAAUUUUAGUUACAAUAUCUAACAUGAAGGUUAACCCGGUCCAAGAUCAAAAUUGUGGAUUCAACGAGCUAAUAAAAACUAUAUAUUUUUUUAAAAAA